AUGUCUUCCGCAGUAGCAGAAUUAGAAGCCGGCCUUCAAGCCAUGGUACAAUUAAAACCUCCUGGUGUAUCAGGAUCUCGAAUUCAAGGCCUUACAAACCUCUGCACCCAAAAUAUCCAGCAAGAAUCCGCUUUGGUUCAGAAAUUAUAUGUUCACUUUAAAAAGACACCUGGCACACACAAGCUUGGCACCCUCUACGUCGUAGACUCUGUAACUCGAAAAUGGACCGAACAAGCCAAACUUGCUCAACAAACCAUAAAUAGUUCUGCUCCGGAUGGCACAUAUGCUGCUGGUGUACAUAAAGUAAAGGAAUUGCUCCCCGCUUUUAUGAACGACAUAAUCCAAUCUGCUCCCGAUGAUCAAAAGGACAAGAUUAAAAAAUUAGUUGAUAUUUGGGAGAAGGGACAAACCUUCCCUGCGCAAAUGUUGAAUGGUUUUAAAGACAAGUUGAAUGCUGAAUCUACAACACCUCCAGGAAGCCCCCCCAAAGAUCUUCACGGAGCCUUAGGUUUACAACCAACUUCAGCAACUUCGACCAUGGCGCCCCCACAACAAGUUUCUGUGCCCCCUAAUACAUCUUCGAUUUUAGCAGCUCUCGCAAAUAUGUCAAACACUGCCCGUCAAAAUGCUACACCUACGCCAGUUGCUUCUACCCCACCUGUUAAUCCAUACAAUGUAUCACAUGCGCAGCAUAAUCCCAUUCAACCACCUCAAGCAGUAAACCAAAGCUUGCCAUUUUCAGUUGCUCCUCAACCUGUAAAUGCCCCAGCUACCUCGAUGCCUGCUUAUGGUCAAGGUCCAAGUAAUGGAAUGCCGAACUUUGCCAGUAAUCCAAAUCCUUUCCCAGGUGCAGCACCAAUGAAUCCUCCCGGUAAUCUCGAUCCAGCUACGCAACAACAGGUAGCUUUAAUCAAGGCACUUGCAGCUACGGGUGUUCCAGCUGAACAGAUUGCUGGUAUCUUAGCAGCCAUGGGUAAUCAAGGAGCUGCAGCCGCUGCACCACCUCCAUUUGCUCAAACUCAAAAUGCUCAUGCUCAAAAUAAUUGGGGUGUCAGAGAUGAUGCACGUGACCGAAAUGGUUUCCAAGAUUCUAUGAGAUCGCCACCUGGACGUUACCGUCGUCGUUCUAGAUCCCCAUCUCCUCAACGUGGCUGGGGUGGUCGUGAUUCUCCAAAUGCUCGUCGUCGUGAUGAUUUUGAUAGGGAAUCUCCAGCACGUAUGAGAGGUUCCGACGAUCGUGGUAGAGGUGGACGCGGCCGAGGCAAUGAUUACCGCCAACGUAGCCCCCAACGCCGUCGUAGCAAUACUCCUCCCAGAACAAAUACCAGUGGACCUAAAUGGGUUGGACACGAUGCUUCAAUUGGUAAAGGAAAUAUCAAAGUUCUCAGUCGCACUUUGUUUGUUGGUGGAGUUACUUCUUCCGAGCAUGAAUUGAAAGGACUAUUCAAUCAAUAUGGUGACGUGCAAACUUGCAUUGUUAACAAAGAAAAGCGCCACGCUUUCGUUAAGAUGGUCAGUCGUGAGCAUGCUGUUAAAGCUAAGGAGGCCAUGGAAAAGAACAGAAGUCCCGAUUCUUCAUUGAGAACUCGUUGGGGUGUUGGCUUCGGACCACGUGAUUGCAGCGAUUAUCAAACAGGUAUCAGCAUCAUUCCGAUCAGCAAACUCACGGAUGCCGACCGAAAGUGGAUGCUCAACGCAGAAUUCGGUGGCAGUGGUGGUCAAGAAAUUGAACCUGGUAUGGUUGUCGAAGAGCCUGAUAUUGAAAUCGGUCAAGGUGUUUCGUCCAAGGCAAUUAGCCGUCGCAUGCAAACCGACAACGGUGGAAAGAAUGGUCCAAAAUCUGGCGCUCGCGAUUACGAGGAGGAUGAGAGACCUCGUUAUCGUCGUGAUCGAGAAGACCGUCGAGAUGACCAUCGGGAUGAAGGUCAUAAAUUCCCUGCCAAUACUGUCCCACCAGUCAUGCCCCCAUUCCCAUUAGGCUCAUUCCCUUAUCCUCUUCCAACACUUCCUAAUGGAAUGCCAAUGUUUCCUCCAGGAUUCACUUUCCCAGGCGCACCUCCACCACCUCCACCAGGAACAUAG